AUGUGCUGGAAGAAGUCAGUUUUGGGGACCUGCAGUAAUUGCUUGGUUGUGUCCUCCUGCAGCCCCGCGCAUCAGGCACUUCACGAAGACGAAGGAGAAAUGUGCGCUAAGAUCAAGACCACCCGCGAGGCGCUCGAGCGUCGGGUGAAGGCCGCCCGCCAAGCCAACCCCGGCAUUGGACCACAAGAAUUCCAGAUGCUGAUACCGCCCAGUGUUGCCCUCGACCAUAAUCCAAGUGCAUCAGUUCUGGGCCCGGGCGAAGCGGCCGCGGUCGCUUUGAUGCACGUUGGCACCAGCCAAGCUGCGGAAACGGCGCUCGAAUAUCUCCUCGAGAUCCUGCAGAGCCGUCGCAGCAGCUCCCUGUCAGCCGAUGCUGUUCCCGCCCUCCUUCUCCGGAUGGGCAUGGAGCAGGAAUGCUACGAUUUCAUCAAGUGGUUUGCAACGCUGGAGAGGGAGAGGUAUGAUUGGGAAAACAAGAAUUUGCCGUUCCUCGAUAUUCGCUUCGCCGACGUCUUCGAGCCGGUCGGUGUCUUUUGCAAGGGAACCGACGUAACUCUUUCCCAUCUCGCCGUUCUUGCGCUUUUGAAACUCCGCAUACGCUUCGACCUGGAGGCGGGCAAGGCAGCUGAUCGGCGUCCCGGAAUCACUGCAAGGGCAAUGCUUCGAGUUUGGAAUCGACACCAACAAUACCAUACUCUGUUCCAAGCCAUUCAGGACCGGAAUCCGUACUUCUGGGAGGAACUCCUCGAUGAAAUGAAAGAGGAUCCACGUCUCCCGGCAUCAUACAGCUGUGGCUCUGAGCUAGAAGCGCGAGAGAGUGAGGGUGCGCUUGGAACUGUCAAGUCCGAUAUCCUCACGACUGUUUCCGUCUAUCAAACUCCAGCUACGGUAUCCCCUUCGUCCACAAGUGAGAGGAACGGUUCAUCCGCCGGAGGUACUUUGAUCAAAAGAAGGGGGACGGGCAAGGUCUUUCCGUCCCGAUUUAUUCCCGAUUCGGCAACUCACUCACCUGCGGACCUUUUUGCAGGUUCCCGGGCAAGUCCUAGCGGCGAUGUGUACCGCUUCGUGGCGAUCAAUGACCCCAAUACCUGUCUGGCAUUUGUGGAUGGGGCGUGCCUGAAUAACGGACAACCCGAUGCACGGGCAGGUGUUUUCGACGAUGGGGAUUACCAUAUCGCCACAAGUAACCGCGCCGAGUUGCGGGCCGCCAUUGCCGCGCUACGAUUGUGCAACUGGCGCCUUGAAGGGUGGGAUCGCCUGCUGAUCGCCACGGAUUCCACGUAUGUUGCCGAUGGGGCCAUCAGUUGGGCUAAGAGCUGGGUUCGGAGGGGUUGGACGACACGCGCGUCAAAAAAAGUCGAAAACCGUGAUCUAUGGGAGAUGCUUCUGGGCGAGGUGGAACGAUGGAAAGAGCUGGGUUUGCAGGUCGCGAUCUGGAAGGAUGCUGCUGGACGAGGGGCCGUGCAAGACAGGUUUAGGGAUAUUACCAUCCGCUAUGGCGUCACCCCAACGGGUGGCGUCGCUCGCGUGGGUGGGGACCUUAUUCUGCAUCUCGGAGAAGACAGAGUGAUCAAGCAGGCAUUCCCAAACGCCUACGCCCAGAUUCGUAGCUCUCUGCCUAACGCCAAAUACGUCACCACAUAUCACGACGCCUUAACCCUGCUUGACUCCACGCCAUCUCCACGCAGAAUCCUCCUUGCCGACGCUACGGUAUCCCGAUGCAAGAAACUUUGGGAACGGGUUAUUGACCGCUUGCGGGGGGGCGCCGCCGUUGUUCUAGCAGGCUUUUUCAGCUGCAACUUGUCACAGAGCGAUUUUGAUCGUAUGUUCAUCAAACUCGGGCUUCCAUGGCGCUACAGAACCCACGAUCAUGAUAUGUUCACAUUGGGUGCGGGCAUGGCUGUGGGCUUGCAGAAAUCUUAUAGCAUGUACGCUCAAUGCAUCAGCGUUAUCUCCACAAACCAAGCACUUUACCGAUCCGAUUACCUGCCCGGCGAAGCCGCUGUGGCGACGGCAAAGGUCGGUGCCGGCCGUUUGGCGUAUAUUGGGGAUGCCAGUGGCGAGGAGGGAACUGGUGCCGUUCUCAAGGCUAUUUUUCAGGGCGAGUUUUGA